CAAUCCUGUAAAAGGGUUUUUUAUUCCGUUCAGUCAAUUCAGAGAUUUCAAUCGAUUUGUAAUGUGUCAAUAAUUUCAUCACUCUAGUACUCCUUUAAGUAAUGUCUAUACAUUAUUGUAUAUUGCAGAAACUAUGCCAGUGUGUUGUAUAAAACAUUGCACUAGUCGUACGUCACAUAAUAAGACAAAGAAUGUGAAAUUUUUUCGAUUUCCAAAAGAAGCCAUUAUUCGUCAGCAAUGGCUCAAGGCCAGUCAAAGAACGGAAUUAGAUAUCAAACCUUAUACAGCAAUAUGUAGUAAUCAUUUUGAUACUGAUUGCUUCACAAUGGUAUGGACAAAACCAAGAUCGAAAAAUGUGCUAGCCAGAGAAAUGCAACGAUUAAAAAAAGAUUCUAUUCCAACAAAAAUGUUAAUAUUAGAAAAGAAGAGGAGAAUACUAGAGAGUAAAGAAAAUAUGAAGAGAAAUAAAGAAAGAAAUGUACCAAUAAGGACUGGAGUACCAACAUACACAGAACUUAUUGGUUAUAUACAAGAGAAGCAUCGUUUACAGGCGCAUAAAGAAAUUGUGCAACAUGUAAAAGCAGAAACUGCAAAAAAUGUACAAAAUAUUAAUAUUGUAAAUAAUAUUAAUAAUAUUAAAAAAGUUAACUAUAUUAUAGAAGAAACUGUGCAACAUAAGGAUUUGAUAAAUGACACAACAAAUAUAGAGAUACUUGGAAAAGUUAAUAAUCAUGAUGUUUUGAUAAGAAACGGAUCAAUGAAAACGUUAUUAAUGCAAGUCCGAAAAUUAGAAGAAGAAAAGCUAGAAGUGUUGAAAGAAAAAGAAAUAUUGGAACAACAAAAUGAACAAUUGAGUAUGGAAGUCAUAAAGUUGCAUGCAGGAAUAACACAAUUACGAACAGAAAUAAUUAAAAUAACAAUAGACAGGAAGAAGCAAGCCAAUGCAAUACCCAUCGAAGUUUUAAAGAAAAUAUUUACACCAGGCCAAAUUGCAAAGUUAAUGUCGACUAACAACCGCAUACGAUGGUCAUCCGAAGAUAUAGAAUCUGCAAUAUAUCUAAGAUCAUUAAGUCCUAAAGCUUACAAAUACUUAAGAAAUGUCAAGAAAAUGCCAUUACCAUCUGCAAACACUUUGCAAAAUUGGAUUGGAAAUAAUAAUUUAAAAAAUGAAAUUAAUGAUACAUCACAACAGAAAGCAUUAUCAUAA